UCGCUCAGCUGGAGAACGCGGCCAAAGUUCUGAUGGCACCACCUUCCAUGGUCAACAAUGAGCAGCGUCAACACGCAGAGCACAUAUUCUUAUCGUUUAGGAAAUCAAAAUCGCCAUUUGCCGUUUGCAAGCAUAUUUUGGUUCUUCAUGCUUUGGAAGUAACAGUUGAAGAGAGGUGAGGAAAGUUUGUGAAAAUUGUGAUCGGUGAUUAGCUGCCACCUGCCUGAGGUGUCUCCUGAGAGGAACUAACCUUUUUGUGGUGCUAGAGCGAGGUCACUGGAUAAAAAGAGCAGAGACCAGCAAGGUGGACUACGUCCUGUUCCAGGCAGCCACAGCCAUCAUGGAGGCCGUGGUGCGUGAGUGGGUCCUCCUGGAGAAGGGCAGCAUCGAGUCCCUGCGCACGUUCCUGCUGACCUACGUCCUGCAGAGGCCCAACCUCCAAAAGUAUGUCCGGGAACAGAUUCUAUUAGCAGUAGCAGUAAUUGUAAAACGGGGAUCACUAGAUAAAUCGAUUGACUGCAAGAGCAUAUUUCAUGAAGUCAGCCAGCUGAUCAGCAGUGGCAACCCCGCGGUGCAAACUCUGGCCUGUUCUAUUCUAACUGCAUUAUUGAGUGAAUUCUCAAGUUCAAGUAAAACUAGCAACAUUGGACUGAGUAUGGAAUUCCAUGGUAACUGCAAAAGAGUUUUUCAGGAGGAAGACCUUCGCCAGAUCUUCGUGCUCACGGUCGGGGUCCUGCAGGAGUUCAGCAGGCGGGACAACCUCAGCGCUCAUAUGUCGUCGGUAUUUCAGCGUUACCUCGCGCUUGCCAACCAGGUCCUCAGCUGGAACUUUCUUCCUCCAAAUUUGGGCAGACAUUAUAUAGCCAUGUUUGAAUCCUCACAAAAUGUGCUGCUGAAGCCGACGGAGUCCUGGCGGGAGACCCUUCUGGACAGGAGAGUCAUGGAGCUUUUCUUCACAGUACACCGAAAAAUCCGAGAAGAUUCGGACAUGGCCCAGGACUCGCUGCAGUGCCUCGCCCAGCUGGCUUGUCUGCAUGGGCCCGUCUUCCCCGAUGAGGGGGCGCAGGUCGACUACCUGGCACACUUCAUCGAGGGGCUCCUGAGCACCAUUAACGGAAUUGAAAUAGAAGAUUCUGAAGCGGUGGGGAUCUCCAGCAUUAUCAGCAACCUGAUAACUGUGUUCCCUCGAACCGUCUUAACCGCCAUUCCCAGUGAGCUGUUCUCGUCCUUCGUGAACUGCCUCACACACCUCACUUGUUCCUUCGGGCGGAGUGCUGCGCUGGAGGAAGUGCUUGAUAAAGAUGACAUGGUGUACAUGGAAGCAUAUGACAAGUUGCUGGAGUCCUGGCUCACUUUGGUCCAAGAUGACAAACAUUUCCAUAAAGGCUUUUUUACCCAGCAUGCAGUUCAAGUCUUCAACUCCUACAUUCAGUGCCACCUGGCUGCUCCAGAUGGCACAAGGAAUUUGACUGCAAAUGGUGUGGCCUCUCGUGAGGAAGAAGAAAUUAGUGAGCUUCAAGAGGAUGAUCGAGACCAGUUUUCAGAUCAACUCGCCAGUGUGGGGAUGCUGGGAAGAAUCGCUGCUGAGCACUGCAUGCCUCUUCUGACAAGUUUAUUAGAAGAAAGGGUGACAAGGCUCCAUGGCCAAUUGCAGCGCCAUCAGCAGCACCUACUGGCUUCCCCUGGCUCCGGCACCAUUGAUAACAAAAUGCUUGAUGAUCUGUAUGAAGACAUUCACUGGCUUAUUUUAGUUACAGGCUACCUCUUAGCUGAUGAUACUCAGGGAGAGACUCCGCUAAUACCUCCAGAAAUAAUGGAAUAUUCCAUUAAGCACUCAUCUGAAGUUGACAUUAAUACAACACUUCAAAUUUUGGGAUCUCCAGGAGAAAAAGCUUCUUCCAUCCCAGGGUACAACAGAACAGAUUCUGUGAUUAGGCUGUUAUCUGCCAUUCUGAGAGUUUCAGAAGUUGAGUCUCGGGCAAUAAGAGCAGACCUCACUCACCUGCUGAGCCCUCAGAUGGGGAAAGACAUUGUCUGGUUCCUGAAACGCUGGGCCAAGACUUACCUGCUGGUGGAUGAGAAGCUGUAUGAUCAGAUAAGUCUGCCAUUUAGCACAGCAUUCGGAGCAGACACCGAGGGUUCUCAGUGGAUUAUUGGCUACCUCUUACAGAAAGUCAUCAGCAACCUCUCGGUGUGGAGCAGCGAGCAGGACCUCGCAAACGACACCGUGCAGCUGCUUGUCACGCUGGUGGAAAGAAGAGAGAGGGCCAACUUGGUAAUUCAGUGUGAAAACUGGUGGAAUUUAGCUAAGCAGUUUGCCAGCCGAAGUCCACCUCUGAAUUUCCUAUCCAGUCCUGUGCAGAGGUCGCUGAUGAAGGCUCUUGUCUUGGGAGGUUUCGCACAUAUGGACACAGAGACCAAACAGCAGUACUGGACUGAGGUUCUUCAGCCACUUCAGCAGCGAUUCUUAAGAGUGAUAAAUCAAGAGAACUUCCAGCAGAUGUGUCAGCAGGAGGAAGUCAAGCAGGAAAUCACUACGACGCUCGAGGCCCUGUGUGGCAUUGCAGAGGCCACCCAGAUUGACAACGUAGCAAUCCUUUUUAAUUUUUUAAUGGACUUUCUUACCAACUGCAUUGGGCUGAUGGAAGUUUACAAAAACACCCCAGAGACUGUCAAUCUCAUCAUAGAAGUUUUUGUUGAAGUUGCUCAUAAACAGAUAUGCUAUCUUGGAGAGUCCAAAGCCAUGAACCUGUACGAGGCCUGCCUUACUCUGUUACAAGUAUACUCUAAGAAUAACCUGGGGCGCCAGCGGAUAGACGUCACGGCGGAGGAGGAGCAGUACCAAGACCUCCUGCUCAUCAUGGAGCUGCUCACCAACCUUCUGAGCAAGGAGUUCAUAGACUUCAGCGACACGGAUGAAGUGUUCAGAGGACAUGAGCCGGGACAAGCGGCGGGCAGGUCCGUGUCGGCAGCCGACGUGGUUCUGUAUGGGGUGAACCUCAUCCUGCCCUUGAUGUCACAAGACCUCUUGAAGUUUCCAACCCUUUGUAAUCAAUACUACAAAUUAAUCACAUUUAUCUGUGAGAUUUUUCCUGAAAAAAUACCACAGCUUCCUGAAGAUCUUUUUAAAAGUCUGAUGUACUCCCUAGAACUAGGAAUGACGUCGAUGAGUUCAGAGGUUUGCCAGCUGUGCCUGGAGGCUCUGACACCGCUGGCUGAGCAGUGUGCCAAGGCCCAGGAGACAGACUCCCCACUGUUCCUCGCCACACGGCACUUCCUGAAGCUGGCGUUUGAUAUGCUGGUUCUGCAAAAGCACAACACGGAGAUGACGACGGCGGCUGGCGAGGCCUUCUACACGCUGGUGUGCUUGCAUCAGGCUGAGUAUUCUGAAUUGGUCGAAACAUUACUGUCAAGUCAACAAGACCCCAUCAUUUACCAGAGACUGGCAGAUGCCUUCAACAAGCUCACCGCAAGCAGCACGCCCCCCACGCUGGACCGGAAGCAAAAGAUGGCCUUCCUGAAGAGUUUAGAGGAGUUUAUGGCAAAUGUUGGUGGGCUCCUGUGUGUAAAAUAA